UAUUUUUUAUUUCUUCCACAGGGUUGAAAGUGGCAGAGUGCAGCUUUCGAAUCAUGGAACUCACGUUUCGUGUGAAAUUUAUGAUCUUUUUGAUCUCGGUUUGCGUGUUGUCAUCAGUUGUUUCUACCGAAAAGUUUUUCGAUGAUGAUGAAGCUGAUGUGGUGGAUGAUUUCGAUUCAAGCGAUCCUAAGGUUGUGAAAGAAGAAAUUCUGCACGAAGUCCUCUACGUAUCCCCAAAACCGUCAGGACCUGUAUAUUUUUCCGAACACUUCGACAGUGAAGCCGAUUUUGCAAAGAACUGGAUUAAAAGUUCAGCGAAGAAGGACGGUGUCGAUGAUGAUAUCGCGAAAUACGACGGUUUAUGGGGAUUGGAAAGCUUGGAACGAGAUCCGUUGGAUGGAGACAUGGGACUCGUUCUCAAAUCCAAGGCAAAACAUGCAGCUAUAUCUUCGAAGUUGAAUCGUCCGUUUUCGUUCGCCGCUGGAAAACCAUUUGUUAUUCAGUACGAGGUUGCCUUUCAACGAGGUAUGGAAUGCGGUGGAGCAUACAUGAAACUCAUCUCUGAUCAGAAGCACUUGGAUCUCAACCUGUUCCAUGACAAGACGAAAUACUCCAUAAUGUUCGGUCCGGACAAGUGCGGCAACGAUUACAAGUUGCAUUUCAUUUUCCAACAUCGAAAUCCGAAAAAUGGAACUUACGCAGAGAAACAUGCCAAGCGUCCGAAUUCGAAGAUCGAGGAAUUAUUCAAAGACAAAAAGCCGCAUUUGUUCACCUUGAUCUUGAAUCCAGAUAGCACCUUCGAAGUUCUCGUUGACAAUGAAAUCGCAAACUCAGGCUCGUUAUUGGUCGAUUUCGACCCACCGGUGAACCCACCGAAGGAAAUAGAUGACCCUUCGGACUCGAAACCAGAGGAUUGGGAUGAGCGUGAGAAGAUCCCAGAUCCAGUAGCCACCAAACCUGAUGACUGGGAUGAAAACGCUCCCCGACACGUUCCCGAUGAGAAGGCUGUGAAACCCGAUGGCUGGUUGGAUGACGAAGAAGAAAUGGUUCCUGAUCCGGAGGCAAAAAAACCCGAUGAUUGGGACGAGGAGAUGGACGGUGCAUGGGAAGCUCCUCUCAUCAAUAAUCCUGUUUGCGAUACGGCCCCCGGAUGCGGAAAGUGGACUCCGCCGAUGGUUGACAAUCCUUCGUACAGAGGGAAAUGGUAUCCCCCGAUGAUUGAUAAUCCCGCAUACAAAGGAAAAUGGAGCCCUCGAAAAGUCGCGAACCCGGAUUACUUCGAGGACUUGGAACCUUUCAAAAUGGAUGAUAUCGGAGCUGUUGGCUUCGAGCUGUGGUCGAUGUCAGAUGGAGUGUAUUUCGAUAACAUCGUUGUGACAUCAGACAAGAAAGUUGCUGAAGAUUAUGCUCGAGAUACUUUCCAGCUGAAACUUGAAAAGCAGGAUGCUGGCGAGGCGAUUUCCAAGUAUCGAAGUGGGGAUUUGGAGGCAAGUCUCGAAGAGGAGGCUCAGGACACUUGGUUCCGACGUCUGGUUCGCUUCACCAAUAAGAACCCGUGGAUGUGGGCAGUAAUUGUAGUCGUAGUUGGGUUGCCAUUUGUGUUGAUCCUCACGUUUUGCUGCGGAACCACAUCCGAUAAGACUGCGGAAGGAGUUGCAGCGGCGAAGAAAACUGAUGCGGCCAGCAAAGAUGAUGAAGUUGAGGAGGAACAAGGCGAUGCAGAGAAUGAAGCUUUGUUACAGAAGUCAAAGAUCAAGAAGGAUGAUCUUGAAGACGCAGCUGAAGAAAGCGAAGCAGAAGAGGAAGAGGAGGAGGAACAGGAUGAAGAAGAGGAAGCUCUUGAAGAGAAAGGUGGCGGAGAUAAGAAUCCAUUAGUUGGUAAUUCAGGAAGUCCAAGGCGGCGUAGGACUAGGAAAGAGUGAUGAAUUCGAACUGCUUUUGUUUUUCCUCUUGUCGGUGCCCUUCUUCGUAUUAUCCCAUUUCUCUCGAGAAGCCUAGAAAAAAAAAUUUUGAAUGCGGGCAUCGGUGAUCAAAUGACACGGGCUGGUUUCUGGCGCUUUGCUUCCACGUUGAACCUUGUUCACUUCGCGCAUUUCAUGGAUCUCGCUUAAAAGAUUCCCCUCUCUUUCGUGAAACGAUUUUUUGGUUGACAAAUUUGUUUUUCCUGCACAUGAAGAAAAAAGCGUAGAGGCAGAGCAGUAUGUGAUAAUGGGGCUCGUCUUGAAUACUGCAAUCGUUUGGCAUGAGUUUUGUUUGAGCUCUUUUUUUUUUUGCGGCAUUUGUUUUCUCUUGGCGGUACCGACAUUUCAGUGAGGUGCUUUUUUCGUUUUCCCCGCAAAAUUUUUAGUUCAUUUUCUCGCACUAUGGAAACGAGUAUAUAACGCGAUGAAAUUAUGUGAACUGUGUUAUACCGCGCAGUUGGAGGUUUGUUGAGCCGUGUUCGAGAUGUGCUAGCUUCUGCCGCGUGAUGCGAUGUUAUUUAUGUUCAAAUUGAGUCAGGCUUGUUUUCUUGAGCACUUUUUUUUUGCUGGGUGUAGUUGCGUCAUGCUUUCUUUGAAUAAUACUCGUCCUUAUCAAGAGACUGAGUUACAAUCGCUGUCCGGAGAAAAAGUGUUGGGCAGUUUUAAAUAAUGCGUGUAGCUGAAUUGGAAGCAAUCCUUUGCAUCGGUAUCUUUCGCGUCUUCAACGAUUGUUUGCCGUCCUUAUAGUGGAGUAAUAAUCGGCUUCCCGCCGAAGUGCCUUCCCUCUUCACUGCUGUUGUUUUUCAAAAUUGUGUUCCUCUUCUUCGUUCGAGUUUUGAUGAGAGCUUGCGGAUUAGCUUGAAAAAGUUUCCGUCGCAAUAAUCUUGUGUGGGUGGUCCAAAAAGAAAAAUGGAAGAAAGUUAGCGCGGCUCUGGCGAAAGUAUAUAAUCAAUGAGCUUUUGAAGGGUCCUUCGACGUUUUUUAACAGCAGGGAGCCCCUUUUCUGCCAUCAGAUUCUAUGUUGGAACCUUCCGCACUAUCAGAUGCUGUGAUGGAUACCUCUUUAUGAUCAGAUGCCAUGACGGAGGCCCUCAGACUUUUUCAGUGCGUUGUAGAUCACGGUUUGAGCUGUAAAAGUUGAAAUUUCCGAUCUUCAUAGUCUCUUUAACUCGGGCUGCAGACGUAGUACUUGACUUCUUUUUAAUCUUGGGUCUAAUAUCUUAUUGAAUUUUGUUCCCCUUUUCGUGCUAUGGAGAAGUUAGGAUUCUUUGGACCACACCCUGAGAAACUUCCUAUUUAACUAGCUUCUUUGUUUACGUUGAAGAACCUGGGCCAGGUUGUGACUGUUGGAAACAAUCCAUCUUGUCGUUCUAUAUCGCGUGGUCGAAGAUGACAUUUUUUCGUUGCCCAUCUUGUCUACCCGUCAUCCGAUUUACUGCGGGUUCAGCUUGAAAGCAUCGUCGCGAGUCUGGGUCCUAAGAGUAUGCAAACUUGCAAUUUGCAUAAGAUUUAAUUUUGGGUCCAAUUGCCUGGAUUGGUUGAAGGUCAGCAAUCAGCUUAUUUUACCCUUAGAAUGAUAGCCGAUGGAAUGUGAGAUGAAUGAUGGUGACUUAGGAUAUUUUGAUCGACUGAAUGGUGUUCUUUCCGUUGCUAUGUGGAAGUGCGAAAGCGUGUGAACCGCGAGUUCAACGUUUACCUAGGCCCUCAUUCCCGAAUACGCGUUUGCUCGGUAUGAAUAUGUUAUUGAGAUCAUCGUUCGAAUUUGUUUUUGUUUUUUUUUCGCGUGCGUUGAAGUAAAUACGACGAUAUUAUUCCGUUA